UUUCGAAGCGUUUGACUUUUUAACCAGACGGGCGAGGAUUAUUAGUGAAUAAUCCGGCUUGCCGCAGUGAGGCACGUUCCAAGCGGCCGACGGACGACUUGGAAAAUCUGAAUUUUGGCUGCUCGCCACGUCGCAUCAACCAAUCAGAGAGACUCUGUUCAGUCGCGUACUGAUGACGAGGCGGAUAUCCACGAAAAGCCCGCGAAGUCAGAUCACAACAACAACAAACAAAAUGGAGGACAAGCUGAUCGUCGCUGUUUGUAAAAACCCAAUCCUUUAUGAUUCGAGUGUCUGCCCGAACAAGAACAAGCAAAGGGAACUUGCCUGGAGGAGGGUCAGCGAGGAAGUCGGCGUGUCAGUGGACGCUUGUCGGAGAAGGUGGAAGACACUGCGCGACUCAUAUGCGAAGGAGAUGAAAAAAAUAAGGGAAAGACGGAGUGGUUCGGCAGCUUCGACCAAGCAAGAGUGGAAGUACAUGGCGGUGUUGUCGUUCCUCCAGCCGUUCUACGCACCGAGGGAGACGACGAGCAACACGCCAGCCAGAGUCGAGGAGGAGCUGGUCGACGGGCAGGCCGCAGUGGAGGCCGACGAGCAGGCCACACAGGAUGAAGAAGAAAGCUCUAUCACGGGGGCCAGAGAAUCAGUUGAAUCUUUAGCUGACCCUGAAGAGUCCCAGCCUGUAUCCAGUCCUACGUCCUCCAUCUUGCCAUGUUCUUCAGCUUCAUCGGUGCGGAGUACUCCAACGAGCACAACACCAGCUGAAGCUAUGAAAUUACCGUGUCCUUUGCACGGRUGUAAGCGGGUGUACACAGACACGAAAGCCCUGCAGAGCCACAUCAGCGACCAUGAGAUCCUUGCUCAGUCUCUUCCGGAUAAGGUGUUCCUCUGCUCCUCUACUGGCUGCAGUGGUUCCUUCCCCAGCAUGCAGAAACUUAUGGAACACAUGAGGCACCAUCACAAACCCAACGUGUACUUCCAGUGCGAGAGCUGUCGCACAAAGCUGCGGUCUUACCGUGGCCUCCUGGCACACCUACACACAUGUUCCAAAKUGCCACGGCUCAAAUCGAAGGCUACUGAGCAAACACCCGCUGUGGGCGAGCAGAACACUACCCCUCCAGUUGUGGACCAGCAGCCCCCAAAGUUGGAGUCGAUGUCGCCGCCCCAGCAAGAAUCAGCUCAAGUCCCAAACCCGGAUGGAUCCCUGCCUGCUCUUACUCAUCAUCUAGUCUCUGCUGAACCCCCUGUGCUUGGUCCCCCCAUGUUGCCUCUCUUCGAGAACCCCCUUAACCAGCUCAGGGAAGCUGCUCCCCAGAUUCUAUUUGGGAUCGAAGGCUCUAAUCUGCCUCCCUCUCUGAACUCUGCAGCUCUGAAAGUAUCCGUUGACCCUCCUAGUGUUCAGACUCAGCAGCAGACACUGAGCAGGUCUGUGGUGGGACAGCACCCUGGUCCUGCAGUUUUAUCCUCGCCUGGUUCUUCAGCCAUCUGGAAAAAGAAUCAAGGUAUGUCCUGCAGCAGACGUGUCCUCUGGGAACACACCAGAGGGCGUUACACCUGUAUACAGUGUCGUCAUAUAACAACCAACCGCAAGGCCAUGACUCAACACAUCAGCGGUCUGCACAGCGGCACCAAAGCUGCAGGAGAGACAGGAAGCUCGGCCACAAACACAUAAGUGAGGUAACUUGUUUCUGUCAGAGACUUAGCCAAACACUGAGCACUGUAAUGGAAUAAUCUGAAAAAAA